AUGCCAGCCUACGCAGCCGUCACACUCCCGAUUGUUGUUGCCAUCGGACAGCCACCCCUCUCUGUCAUGCUCGCUCCUUACACAUGGCUUCCACACGGAAAUUCCUCAUGUUCUUAUUAUCUGAACGCUCGACCGUGUCUGUCUUGCUCCUGGGGGAAUCCAGAGCUAGACUCCAGAUUACCACGGGAUUUUGGUCCGACCAUGAACAAUGAUCCAAACCUACCCUUCUACCAAGAUCACACAAGCUGGAGUGAACUAUCCAUGUGUGAUUUCGGGCCAUGGACAGAAUCUGCCCAGAAAGCUCAUGAGAAAGACCUGCCAACAAGUUCGAAUGGAAUCGAUUACGAUGCGUCUAAAGUACCUGAACACAAAGUACCUGAACGUGACAAUGAACUAAUGAAUUGGCAAUUUAAUCAGUACGUCGGAGAACAAAACGCAUGA